CAGAGACGGACCUCAGCCCUGGGGUGAGAUUUAAACAGGGCAGCAGGGUGGAUGUGAAACGCUGCAGGAGACGGAGGAGCGCGUCCCCUCCCGGAGACGAGCGCCUCCCAGACCCAGCCUCCCUCACAGCCCCUCCCGCUGUGGUCGGCGGCCGCAACCCGGAAGCGUCGCCGUGUUUCCGCUUGCACAGGAGAAUGUUGCAGAUGAUCCGGAGGUGGCGGCCCUUCGGGCCCUGGAUACUGAAUAAUUGCUCAGCAGAAGUCACCCGUGAUAGCCACCUGAUCUUGCCCUUUGCCACAGGGAAGACUAAAGGGACUGUUGUGAGACAUAAUGUGGCAUGCAACUCCACGGCAACCAUUUCCGAGGGCUCCGAGGACUCCUUUCUGAAGUGGACCCUGCUUCUGAUCCCAGUCGCCACCUUUGGUCUCGGAACCUGGCAGGUUCAACGUCGGAAAUGGAAACUGCAGCUAAUCAAGGAACUGAAAGAAAGGAGCCGCUUGGACCCUGUGCCCCUUCCCCUGGACCAACUGGAAGUGAAGAAGCUGGAGUACCGGCGGGUGAUGGUACGCGGGAGGUUUGACCACUCCAGGGAGCUCUACAUCAUGCCCCGCUCGAUGGUGGACCCUGACAGGGAGGCACGAGAGGCGGGGCGCCUGACCUCCAGCGGAGACACCGGCGCCAAUGUGGUCACACCGUUUGACUGCACAGACCUGGGAGUGCGGAUCCUUGUGAACAGGGGCUUUGUACCUAGAAAGAAGAUCAAUCCAGAAACGAGGACAAAAGGACAGAUUACAGAUGAGGUGGAGCUGGUUGGGGUCAUUCGAUUGUCUGAAACGCGCAAACCAUUCACACCGCAGAAUGACAUUGGGAAGAACUGCUGGCACUACCGUGACUUAGAGGCAAUGGCACAGAUUGCAGACACAGAACCCAUCCUCAUUGAUGCAGACUUUGACAGCACAGUCCCUGGAGGCCCUGUUGGUGGGCAGACUCGUGUCACCUUGAGGAAUGAGCACCUGCAGUACAUACUAACCUGGUAUGGGCUUUGUGCCGCUACCUCCUAUAUGUGGUUCCAGAAGUUCAUACGGAAAGUCCCUGCUUAGAGACAAAGUGAACGCAUGUCAGCAGAGCUUCUGGAAAUCCAUUCUACCUGCUGCAUGCUUUUUCACCAAAUGGGAAAUGUUACAAUCAUGCUGUGCAUAUUCACAAUAAAAUUUGUUUAUCAAACUACA